AUGUACCUCACUACUCUUGUUGUCGGCAUAGCUGUUACUGCAGUCCUUGCUACGCCUACGGCCUUACAACCGGAACGAUGGCCUUCAAAGUAUGCGGAGAAGAACUCAUUCGAUAGGACUUACGGGGACCCGGUCAAAUUCUGCAAGGCUAUGCCUCUCCACACGCCCCAGCAGGAGAUUUAUCUGGACAUAAUCAUCAGCGGAGUCGCAUCCAACGCCUCUCUCUACAAUGAUGUGUGGAUCCCCCGGCACUCAAUCUGUGGCUAUGUUCCUGUAGAAACGGCUUGUCGGCUUGCAUUGGCUGGUAUGUACGACUACCGUAAUUGCCUUGACGAUGGCGUUUUUGCAAACUUCAUGGACAGGAGCCAGGUUGUUUCGACCAACCAGUUCGCCGACAAUAUGCGUAUCCGCCUCGAAUAUACGGACGGGCCUGAGAUGCACGCCUGGGAGUGGGAACGUAAUCUCGCUCUCUACUUGCCGCAUGAUGCAGUCCGGGAAGCACUGACAAAGAUGAGAUUUAUCCUGGUCGGAAGUAUUCCUGCCUGCGGCGAAGCUGGCUGUUACCCUCUGGACGUCCACUUUCCUGCAAGUGAGCCUCUAGUUAGUAACGCAAAGGUCAGGGAGGCUAUUGACAGGCCUCUCGCGUACAUCAAGGACUACUAG